GAAGCGGAAAGAGCAGUGAGAACAUUUAAAGACUCCAUGAAGAUUCGUAAGAAUGAAGAAGGAUCUACUGGAGAGAAAUUAGCAAGAUUUUUGUUAGGAUAUCGUACCACACCACAUACAGCAACUGGAUGUACACCUGCAGAAAUUCUUAUGGGUCGACGACUUAGAACAAGAUUAGAUAUAUUGCAUCCCAGUCUGGCAAAUAAAAUGGAUAAGAAAUCACAUCAAUUACCGAAAUUGACAAAGCGUAAGUUAGAAAUUGGAGAUCCAGUGAUGGUAAAAGAUUAUAGAGCAAGAAGAGAUCGUUGGAUACAGGGAGUAAUUCAAAUGAAGUUAAGCCCAGUUACAUAUCAAGUGUUGGUGGACGAUGUAUUGUGGAAACGACAUAUUGAUCAAUUGCGAAGUCUGGCAGGAUCAACAGUUCCAGAUGGUAAGACAAAACAAGAUGCUGAGAAAUAUCCCUCCAACUUGGAGACACAAAAAAGUCUGGUGCUCGAUGAAAAUACAGUGUCUAAACAUAUCAACCAAGAGAUAUUCAAAGAACCAACUGUAAGUACCACAACGACCUUGAAAACCACGCCUCUACCGCAGGUACAGACCUUACCUGACAAGAUAACCAAAGAGCCCGGUAGUUGUAAUGACAGUGAACAGGUAUCAAACAAUCGCCGGUAUCCUCUGCGUAAUCGCACGAAACCAAAACGUUUAAUUGAUGAAAUAUAGUUUAUUUUGAUAGAUUGUAAUCAAUCCCGAACUUUUAGGAAAAUAACACUACAAGUUAGCUAAAGAACUAUUAGAAUUGUGCCGGAGGGAAUGUUAUGUUUAUUAAUUUAUGUUAAUUUAAUAGGAUUUACGUUAUUAGUUAUGUUAAUUGUUAUAAAGCUUAAAUAUAUAAAAAGGAGUUAACUUGUACUAUCUAGGCAGUGGUAAAAUACACCUAAAUGAAAUA